AUGAGUAAUUUACCAAGUAAAGAUGCUCUUCGUCUUUGUCGUGAAACCGAAGAUAUAAAAACAAUCUUAGAAUUAACAAAUCAUGUCGAUCCUAUUGUACGACAACGAGCUUUAAGAGAAAUAUGUCCAUGUCGUGUUAAAGACGAUAUUGAUGCAUUUUGGGAACGUGUAAUGGAAAUGAUUGAUGAUCCAGCUGAUAAUGUUCGAGAACAAGUUCUACAUACAUUAUGUGAUGGUUCACCUGAUCAUAUGGAAAUGAAAGUUUUAGAUGCACUUGAAAAAUUUAAUCGAGAUUCAAAUCAAUAUAUUCGACGACGAGCACAUAAGGUUCUUUCGGCUUAUCGACGAUCAGGCAAAUGGAAUGUUUUAUAA